AUGGAUCAUCUUCGACCUCCCGAUAGUAACAACAACAACCCCGAGGAUGAUCCCCCACCACCAUACGAGGAGGUUGCACCACCCAACUCGCCUCGACCAGGUCUCGCAACACAGGGCCUGCCGCGACCUCAUUCAUCGCAUAAUCCAGAUCUACUGAACCCGAGCCCCAGCCAAAGCUCAGGCCCACAGCUUCCCUCGCGUCGACCCCGGAGCUCCAGCCAUCUCUCCCCGUAUCCAGGUCAAGCUGCUCAGGCUCAAAGGCCGGCGAGAACACCCCAACCAAAUCGUCCCUCAUCAUCAUAUCCUGGCAACACCAAUGUCGGACCGCCACCCAUACCCCGCCAGUUCCCCCCAGCCUUCAAUGUCUAUCUCCAAGGGUUCAGCCGUACCAUGAUUCUCGCGGAAAACCAGGCCCAGCCCAUCUACGCCCUGCGCGCCUACUCAGGCUUCGCCGGCGACGCCUCUCUCAUCCUCCACUCUGGCCCAACAGAACGCCACCCCCCUCUCGCAACCCUCGACUUCGCCCCCUUCUCCCUCGGGAUCGUCGUAACUCUGCCACCGUCACCCGUUCCCGGCGUUCCCUCGACUCUGUCUCUCGACCCCAUUACCGGCUUCGCCCACGGUGGCUACUCCUUCACCAUCGACGUCGGCACCUCAGUGUCCCGCCCCCCGGGCUCAUCGGGACGCUGGCCCCUCGAAGAGUUCCAGUGGCGUCGUAGCCGGGGCGACGCCGUCGCGAGCCUUGGCGGCAGGGGCUACGGCUGGAAGCUCGUCAGGAUGGCUGGCGGGCCUCCUCCCGGCGCUGACCAGCAGUGGAGGCGCGCCGGCUUGGCGGCGGGGGCCCACCGUGGGAGCGACGGCGCCGAGGUAGUUGCUGUGUGGAGCGAGAUGGGAUACAGCAUGAGCAAGGCGCUGCGGUUUGCCUUUUUGGGGACGGGGUUGACGGGGCUUCUUGGGGAGAGGUGGGCCAUCAUGGCUGUCAUGACGGCCAUGGGGCUGUUUGAGCGGGAGAGGCGGUCGAGGCAGAGGCGGCGGUUCUGA